AUGUUUUCGUUUAAUUAUAUUUUCACGUGUGGUUUAGUUUUAUCCGCUUGUUAUUUGCAAGAUAAACCCGUAAAAAGUCAAGAAGUGCAGUUGCCUCCAGGGCAAGAAUGUCAGAUGACGCCUGUAAUUCAUGUCCUGCAACAUCCAGGCUGUGUACCUAAGCCGAUACCCUCUUAUGCUUGUAUUGGCAAAUGUACAAGCUAUGUUCAGGUGUCUGGCAGUAAAAUAUGGCAAAUGGAACGUUCCUGUAACUGUUGUCAGGAAUCAGGAGAACGGGAGGCAUCAGUGGUUCUCUAUUGUCCCAAGGCGAAAAAUGAAGAAAAAAGAUAUCGAAAGGUUACAACAAAAGCUCCCCUUGAAUGUAUGUGUCGUCCAUGUGGGAGUGUAGAAGAAAGUUCCAUCAUUCCUCAAGAAAUCGCUGGUUACGUUGAAGAUAGCCCUCUGCAUAGCCAGUUUCAAAGACAUUUUUAA